AGGUGAUGAAACCAGUGGGCGUGGAGGUGUGUGAGGGCUGCGGGCGUACCAUCCACGACAGGUUCAUCAUGCGGGUGAUCGACACCUCCUGGCACGAAGACUGUCUUGUGUGUUGUGUGUGUCGUGUACAGCUGCAACACUCGUGCUUCGCCAGAGACAACAAGAUCUACUGUAAACUUGACUAUGACAGGUUGUUCUCGGUGAAGUGUGCCGGAUGUGGUGAUCGCCUGCUGCCACACGAGCUGGUCAUGCGUGCCCAGUCGCUAGUGUUCCACCUCCACUGUUUCGCGUGUGUGGUGUGCUGUCAGGUGUUGCAGAAGGGGGACCAGUACGUGUUGCGAGGUCACCAGCUCUUCUGCAGGGCCGACUACGAGAAGGAGAUGUUCCUCCUCCAGCAACACGGGCCGCAGAGUCCAUUAGGCGACGACUUCAUAGUGGAUGAUGGAUCGAGGCCUCGGGACGGUAGACGGGGCCCCAAGAGACCUAGAACUAUCUUGACGUCGGCGCAGAGGAAACAGUUCAUGGCCUCCUUCAGCGUGUCGCCCAAGCCUUGUAGGAAGGUGCGGGAACAGCUAGCCAAGGAGACAGGUCUAAGCGUGAGAGUGGUACAAGUGUGGUUUCAGAAUCAGAGAGCCAAGAUGAAGAAACUGCAGCGGAGAGCCAAACAAACAGAACACAACAAUAACGACAAGGACGAGAAGGAGGACAAGGGAGAAGGAGGGAAGAAGGAAGGAAGUGGAGAAGGUCAGUAUGGAGGCCUCACCCCCAUUGACUCGUUAGACUCACCGUACGCGACGACGCCCAAGAGCUCAGCUGUGCCGUACUCCCCUGAGGGCGAGAGCUUCCCAGCCCAUAGCGGCGACUCCUUCUGCGGCUCCGACAUCAGUUUCGAGGAAGGCCGCAUGGACCAGUUUGACGACCAAGCCGAGAUGUCGUCGAGUGGCGGUGCGGCGCCCCCGCCCAGCCAGGCGCCCCCUGAUGUGCCGGCCAUGGUGGGCGUGGCCGGGACUAUGUACCCGCAGAUCAACCCCAUCGACAAGCUCUACCUCAUGCAGAACUCUUACUUCGACCACUGACGCCAGCCCCUCCCUCGCCCUCCCGACGGCCUCAAGCUAGGGGAUGUUAUCGCAAGUUUCAAGGAGAGCGAGACGCGAGGGGUCAAGCCCGAGGUGCCGGAGUGUGCCGCCCCCGGAGUGGCCGGUCUGCCUGGGGUGGGCGGCUUGCCUGGUGUAGGUGGCCUGCCAGGGGUGGGCGGUCUAGCUGGGGUGGGAGGCCUUCCUGGGGUGGGGAACCUCCCAGGAGUGGGCAGUCUUCCCACCUGGGAGUUUCCGUUCUGAGGUGCAGGUAUC